GCCUGAUGAUGCUGGGAUGAGGAAGUAGCACCUUCGUACGUAGACCGACCAGAACAACGACGAAAAGGACCCCAGUCAUCUGGUGUAGCCACAGCCAUGAAGCUCCGACUGCAUUUCGUGGUGGAUCCUAUGGGCUGGCUCUGCAUCAGCAUGGUGUUUGGGAUCUGGCUCUACAACACUUUUUUUAUUCCCAAACUGGUUCUACUUCCGCACUUCAAUGAAGGACACAUCCCGUGGGCCUUAGUUGUUUGUUAUUACAUAGCAUCAGCUCUGUGUAUAGCAGCCCUCGUCAGAGCCUCCACCGCCGAUCCUGGAUGUCUUCCCGUGGAUCCCCACAUACCUCAUUCUGAGAGGGAACAAUGGGAGUUGUGCAAUAAGUGCAACUUAAUGAGACCCAAAAGGUCGCACCACUGCAGUCGCUGUGGCCACUGUGUUCGCAGAAUGGAUCAUCACUGCCCCUGGAUCAAUAACUGUGUGGGAGAAGACAACCACUGGCUCUUCCUGCAGCUGUGUUUCUAUGCUCAGGUCCUCAGUUUAUUCACACUGGUGCUGGACUUCUGCCAGUACUAUUACUUCCAGCCACUGACAACGCUAGAUCAGGAGAAGUUUACAACACGUCAUGAACUGGCUCUGCUGCGGGUCUCUGCGCUCAUGGGCGUGGUCAUGUUUGGUGGCAUGUCGAGCUUGUUUUACACUCAGAUGACAGGAAUUCUCUCUGAUAUGACCACCAUCGAGAAAAUGGCUCACUUCUCAAAUGAAAUAUACGGUGCCAAAAAGUCUUGGCAGUGGGCGCUCGCCGAGGUCUGUGGCACUCGCUGGAAACUCCUGUGGCUCAUCCCGGUCCGAAGCAGACAGUCGCUCCACGUUAGCCAACACUUCCGUACCCAUGUUUGAGCCCGGCGGCACCGCGGUUUCUCGUACCUGCACAGAUGGCUGCUACGUCCAAACACUGUGUGCACUCUUACGAAUCCAUCUGCUCGCCGCCGCCGUUCCUCUUUCGUACAGUGAGAGCAGGCCAGCAGUCUUGGUUUGUCGAAGGAUACCCGAAGCUAUUUCUUUUGACUGGCAGUAAACAGGGUCACAGGUGAUGGAAAAUGUUCUUUUCUUUUUAUUAUUUGUUUUUUUACCCACUGUGACUGCUACUUUCAGCAUUUUUAAAUGACUUUUAGGCAUUAUUUGCUUCAGAAGAAUUGAAGUCGGGACCUGAAAGCAGCUGGUGAAAGGGACCCUCUCAGGUUACUUUCAUAAAAGAGCCUUCACUACUGACAUCUGAUCAACUGCAAACAAUAUGUUCAUUAGAAACUUGUUUUUAUUGGUAUGAAGUUUGUGCCUUGUUUCUUUUUAGUUGUACGUUCCGUUUUCGUGCCACAUCUAAGAAAGGGUUUUUGCGAUCAUGAAUGUUUUUUCAUUGUUCUAUAAAGGUUUUAUCUGUAAAGUGUUAUUUUUAGAAGCAUGCUUACAGAACAAAGUUGAUAGCUUGAACACUGACACGGGAUGCUGGUGAGCUUCCGACAUCAAAGCUAAAAAAAAAAAGAGUUAGACACUGUUUUAUACAAUCACUCCUGGGCUGCAUAUGUCGUCAUCAAACCUGCUGUAGAAACACGUUUUUCUCGGAGUAUAACACAUUCCACAGCAGGUUAAUGCCAUGACCUGGUAAUGGUUAAGAUUCUACUGAAGUUUGAGUUUUAUAUUAUGUCUUUAAAGAUGGUUUAAAGCAGCCUUUUUAUGUGAGUGGAGCAGGGGGAUGUUUUGUCGCUUCUUGGCUUCAUAUCGGUCUCCCGGUCUCCCGGCUUCCCCUCCACCUGUGCAGAUCAGACAUAAGGUGGCCAGUAAACGAACAUCCACCUGCUCCUUUAACCAUAGCACUUACAGCACAGUGCAAUGGCACAAAUAACUUGAAUACAUGUCUCUCAUUUUGGUUUGUUUAUUUGUUUUUGUACUGUUCUGUGUGACUUGUGAUGAACAUUAUUAAUGCUGCUGCCAUAGUUAGGUUUUAUCGUGUCUGAAUAUGCGGCUCUAUAAAUGCCUCUCUAUCUGUAACGACAAAACCUGCAGAUUCGUCCACUUGUGGGAACAUACAGCUAUAGUUAACACUUGACUCAACACUGCAGAUCUAUGUAUGGUGUCUUCACUGUAAAUGUUUGGAGAUUUAUUUAAAGGGAUAUUUAUGGUGAUAAUAUUCUAGCUUUUGCACGAGUAUCAAUACCUGGCCAUCUCUUCGCUAAGCCAUUACGUAAACAUCUCUGUCGUGUAGGGGAAAUAUUACAUUAUAGGACUAGUUUUAAGUGCCUGUCUGGGUCUCCUUUUAACUCUCGCGGUCCGUCGUUGGCAGUGUGUGUACUCCAUAGAAGCCAAAGACCUGGGAAAACGUGGCAAUAGACAGUAAGCGUUUAAUAACUGCAUGUUUUGACAAAUUUCUGAAGGUAGCGGUUCAAUAUUAUGCACUGAAUUUUACAUUAGCACAGUCUGUUUUACUGCAUCACUAGUACUGCUCAUAGGAGGUUUCACUUGUUUUUAUUUGACUUGUAAUUUCAGGUUGUUUUGAUUGGUAUGAGUGUUUUACUCUCAUACCACUGAUUUUUACGGCUUGCAUUCAGGUUUGUGGAUUCAGGUUUGUGGAUGUGUUCUUUUAUUAUUAUCGUUAUGAUGGGUGUUAAGGGAUGUAAUGGGGCGGAAAUGUGUGUGAUUGGCUCUUAAAAUGUUUCCUUAUCACAUUUAUAAUUUGUUUUUCUUAUAUCUUUGGAAAGCAAUAAGCAUCGCGUGUGUGUAAUGAAAAAUGAAGAACCGGCAGAUGAAUUCCUCUCGUUUGCUGUCUAAUCGGCGAGUAGCAGACUUUAAUUUUGUCAGAGAUGUUUGCCAAGAUGAACUCUGUAUAUCACAACGUCAAUGAGUUAGUCCCAGAAAGGCUUAAGUUCAUCUGAUCUGAACCAAAAGCUGCAGGAGAAAGGUGUGAAUGUUUCAGAGAGGUUGUGCUGGCUCAGCGGUCAGUUUGUUUACCUUUUUCUUUUUCUGUCUCUGAAUGUGUUUUCAAGCUUGACUUUUAUUCUGACCUCAAACACAGGAACAUUUUAUGUUUUGUGACUGUUACUGUUUCCUUUGUUGUCUAGAAAAUCCUCUGACAAGUUGCCAAUUUCUUAUGUUGCAAAACUUUGCAAUAAUACUGAAUAUAUAUGAUUCAUAUUUCAAAUAA